AUGCUUGAGAUAACCGCUUCUCAAGACAUGUGGAUUUGGUAUGCUUAUUUUGGUGCUCCUGGUUCAAACAACGACAUUAACGUGUUGAACCAAUCCAACUUCAUCUACAACAAGUACUCGACGUUUGUUAAAGCAUACCCGUAUCCUACUGACCCGAAUGAGAAAAGAUUCAAGAAGUUACAAGAGGGGGCGAGGAAAGAUGUGGAGCGUGCUUUUGGGGUUCUAAAAGGAAAAUGGAAGAUUCUUAGACGUCCUCUCCGACCCCUGAUCAAACACAAGAUUGGUCAGUAUGUUUACGCGGCGUGUAUUUUGCAUAACAUGGUGAUAAAAGGUGAUGGUCGAGCUAUCUCACCGGUUCACAUCAUGGACCAACCGGUGUGGGACGAGACCUUUUAUGCGGAGUUACUAAACGAAGACAUCCAUUAUCGUUUUCGUUAUGACCUCACUGAACACGUGUGGGCUCAAGACUUGGGACAUCUCGACGACUAG